GUAGUGUUGGCUGCUAGAAAUGUGUCCACACCUGAAAAACCGAGAAAGGAGCAUGGGGCGACUGUUCUUCCCAAAGAUUCUGUCAUGGUUGAUGGCGUAAAAUUCGUCAAUGACAAUAUGGAUGUUUGCGAUCAGUUGUUGGAUUUCCUAAGUAGCGAGAACAGCAACUACAAUAUAAUUUCUGCUAUUGGUCCCCAAGGUGCUGGAAAGUCAACUGUCUUAAGUAUGAUUGGGGGGAAUAAUUCUCAGGAUAUGUACAGGCAGUACAUAUUUCGUCCCGCUUCUCGUGAAGCUUUGGAAAGUUCUCGGCACCAGACCACAAAGAUCCACGCAUAUAUCACCAAGUCAAAGCAGAUCUUCUUAGAUUGUCAGGUAACUCAGUUGCAUUUCUGUAAACAUUGUCUCUAAAU